UGCUCCUCUUCGCUCCGGUUAUCUUGACCUUCCGCUUCGUUCCGCAUGCAGCGUCUCUCAGAUGGGAUCAGCCGCCGACUUCACGCCCAGAAAUGUUGUGGAGACGAUCUUUGUUAGCAGCACUGCUGGCUGUCGCUCUAGGAGUUUACCUUUUGCCAUCUCCCAUAGACCCCAAACCGCACAUUCUGAAGGGGCCUCCACCGGCCCUUGAAGGGCCACUGGCUGUUAACACCCGGCUGCAGAGGGGCCGCAGGUUGUUCGCUGGAAAACUACAUGGACCAGAAUCCUUUACUGCUGAUGGAAACAGUAACGUGUACACAGGAACAGUCGACGGGAAGCUGUGGAGAAUCGGUCCCGAUGACAGCCUCGUCCUCAUCGCACACAUGGGACAGGAUCUACCGGAAUGUGGCAGCAGCACAGACUAUGAACCCGUCUGUGGUCGUCCUCAUGGCGUUCGUUUGGACCGUCACGGUCAGCUGAUCGUUGCCGACUCUUACUUCGGUCUUUACAGCGUCGACCCUAAAACAGGAGAGAAAACCCUGCUGGUGGCCAGCUCUGAUGGAGCUGCUGGUGUUCCCUUUGCCUUCCUGAACGGCGUCGAGAUCUCCUCCCAGACUGGGAUCAUCUAUUUCACCGACUCAUCCAGCCGCUGGGGGCGCAGACACGUCAAACUGGAGGUGAUCGAGUUGAACAGCCUUGGCCGUCUUCUCUCCUACGAUCCUGGAAGUAAAAACGUGACGGUGUUCCUGGACUCGCUCUACAUGCCCAACGGCAUUGCCCUGUCGCCUGAUGAAAACUUCCUGCUGCUGGCUGAGACCAGCAUCGGUUGUAUACUGAGGUACUGGCUGAAGGGUCCGAAGGCUGGCACCAAGGAGGUCAUCCUGGACAACAUGAUCGGUUAUCCUGACAACAUCCGCCUUAGCGACCAUGGAACUUUCCUGGUUGGCAUGACGACGCCGCGAUUUCAGAAGUUCCUGCCACCCUUCCUGGACUUGAUCGCUCCGUACCCGGCGGUGAAACGCUUCCUAGCCAAGGUGGUUCCUCUGAGCUGGUACAACCUCCUGCUGCCACGCUAUGCUCUGGUCCUGGAGCUGGGAUUGGACGGACAAAUCACAGGAACGCUUCACGACCCUCAGGGUCGCCUAACGUGGGCCAUCAGUGACGUCUUCCAGCACAGAGGCAGAACCUAUCUGGGCAGCACGGACUUACCGUUCCUGCCUAUCCUGGAGGUCUGGGACAGCUAUUGACGGCCUGCAGUUGUGUGAGCAGAGAAACUGUCUCCUGAUUUUACAUUUUAAAGGGUUUCUUAGGAGGUUUGACAUCUAGGGAGACAUCUAAUGUUUUGUUUGGGUACAGAAAGAUGGAAAUGUUCCAUAAAGACUGAGCUUGACUCAUUUAAAGCAUCUUCAAAUAGAAAGACUGAAUUAUAAAAGCUGCAACUGUAAGCAACUUUUCUAAAAUAAUUAAGAAGAAAUGAAAGCAAACAGUGAGAAGUUCUUUAUUUGGACAAAAAUACAAGCAAAAAAUACAAUUAAUCUCUUCUGACAUUUAAAAGUGCAUCUUUCAUUUUAAAAAAAGUGAUCAGCUUGAAGAAAAAAACAUUUUACUAGCAGCUUUUCUGGAUUUAAAAUAUAUGCAUGCAGUUUUAAAUGAGUAUUUCAACAUUUAAAAAGACAGAAAGCAGUAGUUUAUUCUUCACAAUAGAAUAUCUUUUAAAAUGCUAAUAAAUAACUAUACCAGAAAAAUUCCCUUAGUUUAAAUCAUGUCCCUAAUCCAACUUUUAAUAUAAAUUAAAAAAAGAACUACAUUUGGCACUUUCUUUAAAGUUAAAAGUUUUUCUAAUUUAAUUUCUGCAAAUGUCAAUUCCUAAUGUGGGUUCUUUUACAUCAGGCUUCUGUGGAGAGGUUAUAAGUAGUAAGCUUUGUCAGUGGCGAGAUGAUAAGCAAAAGUUUGUUCAUGAGCCUGAAUCUGGUAAAUAAUAUGUCGGGACUUGUUUCAAUUUCAGAUGCCCUUUAUACCCUGAUCUUUAAUCAUUGCAGACAGUGUUUCUGCAUACAUGUGAUGUGAGUGACAUAGCAGGAGUUGUACCUAUUUCAUUGAUUAAUUCAACCUUUUUGGGGCCUCUCAUACUUGGAUCUUUUACAUUUAAGUGAGCGAAAAAUGCUUUGAGGUAACAAACCUUUUUAACGACCUUAGUUUGGACUCCUAAGAUAUAAACUGCUAUUCAACUCUCCACAGAAGCCCAUCUUCACCUAGUUCAAUGCCACAGUAAUUCUUCUGUGCUUUGCUAUAUUGUAUUUUAUUUUUAGCCCUGCUGUUUCAGGGUACCUUCAUCAGACGGCAUCAAAAUAUAGUCAUUGCAGGAAUUUGGCAAGAUCUUCUAGGGCAACUCUUGGAACCUUUAGAUGUAACACAGCAGAAUUACCUCUUUAGUAUGCAGUGAAGUUCUGCACAGGCCUGGUAAUGAGCCAUACAUUUUAUUCAGGUGUAGGGAAGAAAAGUCGCAGGCCCUUGUGGACUGGAGUAGCACACCACUGUUCUAGGGCAUAUUAAAAGGGUAUAGUUUAGGGUUUACGUUAGGGUCUUAUGUAGGAGUUAAUGUCUAACCUGCAGCAGAUUAGUUUGCUAAUCUAGUCUCCAAGUUGACUGCUACUGGUUUAAAAACAAAAUUGGAUCUUAAGAAAUGUAAUAUGUGAUGAUCAUGUUUGCAUUAGACAGAAGAAACCGAGGAACUUGGGGCUACAGUCUGAAUAGACGUUUUUCUAGGUUGGGCACUGGAAUGAAGUCGGAGCGAAACUGUCCCAAAUAACUUUCUACACUCAGAUAUGGGACAAACGGUUCAUUAAAGAUAGACUGCCCAGACGUGCAAAACUGUGCUGAUGAAGAGACAUGAUUUGAAUUCAUUCUCAGUCUUAAAAAAUUAUGUUUCACAAACAUCAAAAUAAAAUGAACCAAGGCCCAGACCGGAAGUUUUAAAUGUAAAUCUGGCUCCCACAGAUCCCUUCUCCAUCAGGCUCAGGAGGGUUCAAAACAAGGCAGUGGCAGCAGGAAAAUACUUCUUCCUUUACCCUCAUCCUUUCUGGUUUUACUUCUGUCCGACUCUGCAGGGCCUCCAGGUGUGGCUUGAAAACAGCUGCCGGGUGAUAAACUCAAACCUGACGGGACAAAAACAAACACAGCACUGAUUUUUGAAUGCUGGAUGGCUGUUAUUUGCAGUAACUACUGUUAUAAUGAUUUCAAAUAUGUUGAAUUUGUUUUGGUGCUGUGCCUAAACAUGGUUUAUUUAUGCACUUUAGGAUCCUGGUAGUAUUGUCUGUAAAAAUGAGAGCAUUAAAUGUAAUAAAGGUUGCUCUCUUAAUCAGUCUUGGAGUAACAUACAUUGGUUUUUGAGUUACAAAACAUGCAUCACUCACAUUUGUUGCCAGCGGUUUGGACAUUAAUGGCUGAGUUUUGAGAAGAAAGUAAAUUUACAGUGUUUUACAAGCUGUACACAGACUUCAGUGUUGUCCGAAUAAAAGAUAAUGAAUUUACAAUA